AUGAAAUGUUUCUACUUUAGCAAAGAAAAACCUCAAGAUCAUGAAGUUAAAACGAGAAAGUUUGAUUCCAUUUCGAUGGCGAGAGGAGGAUCAGGAUCUGAGUUUAACUCUGAAACAAGUACUACUGCUUCUAUGACGUCCUCCUUGCACGUCCUCUCUGAGACACACAGUAACAAUCUCAGAGUCUUUGCCCUCGAAGACCUCAAAAUCGCUACCAAGAAUUUCAGCCGGUCCUUGAUGAUCGGUGAAGGUGGCUUCGGUGGUGUGUUUCGUGGCGUGAUUCAGAAUCCUGAAGAUUCUCGGAAAAAGAUUGAUAUUGCAGGGCAUAAAGAAUGGGUUACAGAGGUAAAUGUGUUGGGAGUAGUGGAGCAUCCGAAUCUAGUGAAGCUGAUCGGUUAUUGCGCAGAGGAUGAUGAGAGAGGGAUCCAACGGCUACUUGUUUAUGAAUACGUACCAAACAGAAGUGUUCAAGACCAUUUAUCUAAUCGUUUUAUAGUCACUCCUCUCCCUUGGUCGACCAGAAUGAAGAUAGCUCAAGACACUGCUCGAGGACUCGCUUAUCUUCACCAAGGCAUGGAGUUUCAGAUCAUCUUUAGAGAUUUCAAAUCUUCCAACAUUCUUCUUGAUGAGAAUUGGAAUGCAAAGCUCUCUGAUUUCGGACUGGCUCGAAUGGGUCCUUCUGAUGGAAUCACUCACGUCUCCACCGCGGUUGUAGGAACCAUUGGUUAUGCAGCACCAGAAUACAUCCAAACAGGACACCUCACGGCCAAAAGCGACGUGUGGAGCUACGGAAUCUUUCUCUAUGAGCUCAUCACAGGGAGACGACCGUUCGACCGAAACCGUCCAAGAAACGAACAGAACAUCUUGGAGUGGAUCAGACCACACUUAUCUGACAUAAAGAAGUUCAAGAUGAUCAUUGAUCCAAGACUCGAAGGAAACUACUACCUCAAAUCGGCAUUGAAGCUAGCGGCAGUUGCAAACCGGUGUUUGAUGGUGAAGGCGAAGUCCAGACCAACAAUGAGUGAGGUUUCAGAGAUGUUAGAAAGGAUAGUGGAAACGUCAGAUGAUGCUCGUCAUGGAAUGCCAUUGAUGAAGAGCUUGACACCUAAAGAUGCCUUUGAAGCGUCAAGGAGGGAGAGAGUUAAGAGAAGAUUUGUUGAACUUUUAAUUGGGGUUAAUGGAUGUCCUAAUUUGCCUACUUGGUCUCCUAAACUUGUUACUUGA